AUGUCUCCCACCGACGCCUUCACCUUCCUGCCCCUGGGAGCAAUCAUCCAGGAGUUCAAGGUCAAGGGGCAGAACAUCGUCCAGGGGUUCCCCACAGCCGAGCUCUAUAAACAGCACAAUGCACCUUACUUCGGGGAGACCAUUGGCCGGAUCGCCAACCGCGUAUCGGGAGCUAAGAUCAACUCUCUGAACGGCAAGGAGUACCCAUUGGCCGUCAACAACGGCCCCAAUUCGCUGCACGGCGGCGUCGAGGGCUGGGGGAAGAGGGUGUGGGAGGGUCCCACCGCCGUCGAGAGGGACGGAAAGCAGGCGACGCUGUUCAAGUACACGAGCGUCGACGGCGAGGAGGGCUACCCCGGCACCGUGGAGGUCCGCGUCUGGUACACGCAGGAGAAGGCGUCGCACGACGGCGUGGAGAAGGAGAUCCUCUACAUCGAAUUCGAGGCCGAACUCGUCGGUGACGAGGUCAGCGAGACGGCAGUCAACAUCACGAACCACAGCUACUUCAACCUGACCGGCGCGUCGUCCAUCGCCGGCACGGACGUGACGCUCAUCACGAACAAGUAUCAGGUCGUCGACGACGGCGGCAUCCCCACAGGGCCCAUCGAAGAGUACCCCGGUGUCACGUCGAACAAGACGUUCACGCUGGGCGAGAAGGAGCCCGACAUCGACGACUGCUUCGUCGUCAACACCGACUCUGCCAGCAUCCCCAUCGACACGCGCUCGCAGCCGUUGAACACGGUCGCGUCGUUCUACCACCCGGACACGAAGAUCCACCUCGAGGUUGGCACCACGGAGCCUGCCUUCCAGUUCUACACGGGCAAGUACAUCGACGUGCCUGCUGUAGAGGGCGUGCCCGCCCGUGGUGCGCGCUCUGGGUUCUGCGUGGAGCCCAGCCGCUACGUGAAUGCGAUCAAUGUGCCGGAACACAGGUCGCAGGUCGUGCUGAAGAAGGGCGAGAAGUACGGGAGCAAGAUCGUGUAUCGCGGGUGGGCGGCGUGA